AUGGCUGCGUGCCGUGCCGUGCCUGCCCCGGGCCGCGCCGUGCCGUCGUGCCGGCCGAGCCGUGCCACCACCGUGCCUCGUGCCGGGUAUGGCCCAAGGCACGGCCCGCGGGCUGUCGGGCCGGCCCGAAGGCACGGCGGGCCACCGGGCCAAGAAUUAAAAAGCUAUAUUUUUUACUGGGAUAUUAAACAUCGGGCCGUCGGGCCGUGCCUGAGCCGUGCCACGGACCACGGUGGCGGUCCAGGCACGGCCCGGUACGUCGGGCCGUGCCUGAGCCGUGCCACGGACCACGGUGGCGGUCCAGGCACGGCCCGGUACGUCGGGCCGUGCCGGCCCGGGCCCGGUAGUAGUCGGGCCGUGCCGUGCCCGGGCCGGGCCAAAAUGACGGGCCGCGGGCCGGGCCAACGGGCCACGGGCCGCAUGGCCAUCUAUGGUUUAGGCCUUGUUUAG